AUGCCGCGUCGAUUCUCGCAAGCUUUAAGCAGUUCACCUCCCACUCCUUGGCCGUCCUUUUCGCCAGCAGAAAAGGGCGGCAAUACCUUUGUCAAAUCGACUUCUGCAAAGGCAUCGAAGAUAGCACAAUUCUUCUCGACUUCGCCUAGAAACAAGCAAGAGGCUCAGACCGCUGCAGCGGCUCUGUUAGCUGCGAGUAGAGCUCAAGAGCAAGCCUUUCUUAACUCGGCUGGCACGCCCAUGAUCACCAAUCCCUCGUUAUCAUUACCUACCAUUUCCUUGUCGACCGCUCAGGCCGACGCUCAGAACAUGGACAUGCCAGCGACCACUCUUUUCCAACCACCUUCGCCAGCAGAGGCCAGAAGACUACAACGGCAACAUGCACAAUUCGGCCCUCUUAACUCGAACGCGCAUCGAUACACGUCACGGCACCAAGGCGGUGAAUUUCCCGAGCCAGUCCUUGAUGAGCCGCCCUACUUCUACCUACUCACUACCUACAUUUCCUACCUCAUCCUAAUAAUAUUCGGGCAUGUUCGCGACUUUUUCGGCAUGCGAUUCAAGGAAGACAAGUACCGAAACCUGAAAGCUCGCAAUGGGUAUGCAGCACUCAACAGCGACUUCGACAACUUCUAUGUGCGUCGCCUCAAGAUGCGCAUCAAUGAUUGCUUCAAUCGACCUACAACAGGGGUGCCCGGGCGGUACAUCAAUCUACUCGACCGGACGUCCGAUGACGGCAACUUUCACUUCAAAAUGACUGGCACAACAACCGAGACGCUGAACAUCAGCUCAUAUAACUAUCUUGGUUUUGCUCAAUCAGACGGUCCCUGUGCCGACGCUGCAGAAGAAGCUGUCCGAAAAGCCGGAUUGUCCUCUUGCAGCACGCGUGCUGACGUCGGAACUACCGACAUGGCGCUUGAAUGCGAGCAGCUUAUUGCAGACUUUGUUGGCAAGCCAGAUUCAAUGGUCUUCUCCAUGGGCUUCGGCACAAAUGCCGCCAUCUUCCCUGCCCUGGUUGGCAAGGGCGAUCUCAUUAUCUCGGACGAACUCAAUCACGCCUCAAUCCGCUUCGGCUCUCGUCUCUCGGGCGCAAUGAUCGAAGCCUUCAAACACAACGACAUGCACAGUCUAGAGGAGAAGCUUCGCGAGGCUAUCUCGCAAGGCCAGCCGCGCACUCACCGACCGUGGAAGAAGAUUCUCGUUGUCGUCGAGGGCCUUUAUUCCAUGGAAGGCACAAUGUGCAAUCUGCCUGGGCUCGUCCGUUUGAAGAAGCGCUACAAAUUCAACCUCUUUGUCGAUGAAGCGCAUUCCAUCGGUGCUCUGGGCCCUCGCGGCCGCGGUGUAUGUGACUACUUCGGCAUUAACCCUUCCGAGGUCGAUAUCUUGAUGGGCACGCUGACCAAAUCGUUCGGCGCCAACGGUGGUUAUAUUGCAGGCGACAAAGCUUGCAUCGAUAAGCUCCGCGUCACCAACGCCGGCACUGCCUAUGCUCUGCGUCUGAUCAAUGGCGAGCUGGUUCCUGGCCAGGGCGAGGAGCGUCUGCAGCGCAUUGCGUUCAACUCCAGAUACCUGCGUCUCGGCCUCAAGCGUCUGGGCUUCAUCGUCUACGGCAACGACGACAGCCCGAUCAUUCCGCUGCUGCUGUACCAUCCUGCCAAGAUGCCAGCCUUCUCGCACGAAAUGCUCAAACGCAAGAUCUCCUGUGUCGUUGUCGGCUAUCCUGCAACACCACUGAUCAGUUCCCGUGCAAGGUUCUGCAUCUCAGCCGCACACAACAAAGAAGACAUGGACCGCGUACUCGCUGCUUGUGAUGAGAUUGGCAACGUCCUGCAGUUGAAGUUCGCCAGUGGCAUCGCUGGUGGCGCCCCGCCUUUACCUGAGGGCGUGAGCUGGGAGAUGGAGCAAAGCAGGAAGCGACUUGAGAAGCAUGACAAAGUUAGCAAGAGCUUAGUGGUCAGCCCAAGGUGGUCGUUGGACGAGGUGUUGAAGAAGGGUGUGCAGGAUGUCAAGGUGCCGUUGCGGUGA